AUGGGAUGCGGCGGAGGACUCCGGAAUCUGCACACCCCGUGCGGCUUCCAGAAUCCGCUUCCGCCACCGCCACCCCAGCCCGCUCCUGGAUACGGUUGUGGUGUAGCUCCGGGACUUUCCACCGGAUGCAUGCCGCUGCACCCGGCUCCGGUGCCGCCGCCAGCCCCACUUCCGCCUACUCCAUCGUAUGCGACCAGUUGGCUCCCCGCUGAAACCGCUAUGUUCCAAUCUACACCUCCUCCCGUCUUGAUCUCUCAUAAUAUGGACCAAGAUGCCCAAUUACCCGUGCAUGAGUAUAACAGCGAGGAGCAAGAAGAGAAAAACCUGGACUCCGGCUCGGAGGAGAGCCUGCAAGCGCCGAAGGAAGAAUUCCGCAAAGAUACGGAAGAUGCAGAUGCCGUACAAGCUAAUUCGGUCCAUCUGACAGCUCCGGAAAAUGCGAAUGAGCGAGAAAAUGCCCCAGAAAUUGAUUCUCCACAGGAGAAUCAAAUUGAGGCUGAGGUCAGUGAAGAUUUUUCUGGAAAUGGGCAAGACCGAACUACGAUCGGCACCCCUAACGAUUCUGAGAUGCAUCACGAAUCCGCGGAAGUAUUAAACGUCAAACCGGUAGAACCUUCAACGUCCAUUGCACCUGAACCGAGUACAGUAACGGAGCCCACAGAAACCGUUACGAUACCGUGGCCAAAAGAAUUCUCCACGAUCCCGACCCUCGAUCGCCCUACUACUACAGACGUUCCCGAAGAGUCGAUUACUGUAUCCGGAGCGACCGAAAAUAAUUCACCAGAUUCUGCUAUGGCAGAAGAUAUCACCAGCGAUAAUUCGGGAAAUAAUUCCGGAGGUCCUGAAACUGAUGAGAGCCAGAACAAACGACGUGCAUUAGAUUAUAUUCCCGAGAUACAACAAAAUAGCUAUGGAAUGAAAAGGCAUGAGUUUAUGGUGGCACCUCGACAGGAAAUCCCAAAAAGUGCAAUUCCAUAUCGUGGCAUGGCUGUAACGUGGCAGCCAAGGAGCUCGAAUUUUGCUCUUGAGGACCGCCCAGUAUCAUUGGAUCUAAAGCGACCAGCCACAACUUCUGGACAUUAUAGGAGGAAAUCGGUUGAGGCACAGCUUGAGGGACGAACAAUGCAAGCCGUUAGAGAUCAGGUAACCCCCGAAACGGACGUGAUGCAAGACUCAUUUGAUGAAGCGUUGAAGCGAGAGAUGCCCGUCGCGCCAGUUGGCGGCAGGAAGGAGGUGCCGCAGGUUGAUAUUUCGGACAUUAAGCUCAGCGACGAUCCGAUGUGCAAUGCGGAGGAGUUGCGAUCGAUUAUGUUAGAGCAUAUGAGCGAGAGCUUGAACUCAUCGAAGCGUUUGGUGCAGGUGGCGGCGGAGGAGAGAUUUGGUGGCAGAUUCGACGUGAUCUGCGCGCAUGGUGACUUCUCCUACGUCACCAACACCGAACUGUUCUGCCAGGAAACAAAGAACAGCGUCAGCUGUUACACCUAUAGGCAACUG